GCAGCAGCGCUGAGGUAUCCUCUUCGGGGAUAUCGCCCCGUCGCGUUCACGCCGCUAAAAUUGUGUUAGUCAAGCAUGUGUAUCAAACAGAAAAAUGCAUCAGAUCCACCGGGUCGUCGAUAAAAUCAAAAACUUUUUCAAUAAAAACCGGCAGCACAGGUCAGUUCGUCGCCAGCCAGCCUCCUUAUCAUCUCGAACCCCGCAGAGAAAGUAGUAGGCAUACGGACGCGUCUAGCCAACAACACACCGCAGCACGCAAGCAAGCACCAAGCAGCAGCCGCAGCCCAAGCAAACGGAGGCGAUGGGAGGAGGAGGUGGAGGGGCUCGGGGGAAGGAGUUCGGGAGCAUGGAGGAGUUCUGGGGGUUCUACCUGGGGCAGCACUCGAAGGCGGCGACGCGGCGCUGGCACUUUGCCGGCACGCUGGCCUCGCUAGUGUGCGCGCUGCUGGCGGCCGCCACCGGCCGCGCCGCGCUCCUGGCGGCCUGCCCCGUGCUCGGCUACGGCAUGGCCUGGUACAGCCACUUCUUCGUGGAGGGCAACCGGCCGGCCACCUUCGGCCACCCCGUCUGGUCCUUGCUCUGCGACUACCGCAUGUUCGCCCUCAUCCUCACCGGCCGCAUCGACGCCGAGCUCGCCCGCCUCCGCAUCCACCCGCCGCGCCUCGCCUCCGACUGACCGAUCCGGCCGUCUCUUCGCCGUCCGCGCCGUGCCAACAUCAAUCAAUCAAUAAAAUUUCCGCCUAGGAGUACUAUUUUAAGAGUACCGAGGAGUGUCUCUCUAUAAGCACAGCAAAAUAAUACCAUGUGUCUUCGACUCUUGUGAAUUUGUGAUUGGUGUCUCUAAGGCUAAUACGAUUGUUUCUCGUCUGUUUGGUUUGGAGACAGACAGUUCGAAUACGAAGUGAACAGACUUGUGAUUUA